GCUUCAGAAAAAGGCGAAUUAGUUAUGGAAGAACAGGCCAUCAUUUUUCAAGCAGUGGUUCCAAUUGGUGAGAGCAGGUCGAUGAUGAAUGCCUGGUUCAAAAUCCAACCCAAGCCCAAAAUCUCCGGACCUUUCCAUGCCAGACAACCUCCUUUCCGUUUGGGGAUAAGUUCUGCCUUUGUCGGUUCCUCCUUGUAUACAAUAGGCGGCCGAGUGCCCAACCAUUUUGUGCUCAGCGACUGCAUCAGCUGGCUUGACACCAGUGAUGCUUUCAGUGCGUGGAAGACCAAUAAAUUACCAUCUCGUUGUGUUGAUUCAGUCCUUGGUGUUUAUAGUGAAUCCUUGUACAUAUUUCCCGGUGUGUGGAAAUAUGGUUAUUAUCACAUGGACGAGGAUAAAUAUCUUACUAAUCGAAAGGGCUACAUCUGGAGCACCAGAGAAAAUAAAUGCCUUGAAACCAAAAUAGGCCCUCCAAAAGUUGAAGGUGAAAAAUGGCAGUGGCGUAGGAUUCGUGCUUGUGCUGCUUUGGAUAAAGAAGGGCUUCUAAUUGCUAUGGAUGGAGAAAAGAACAACUUCUUUCUCUAUAAACCAGAGAAAAAUGAUUGGGAGAUAUGCAAAUUUAAGGAUCCACUUCCCAAAUUUAUUGGUGAGACUAGCUUUGCAGCAUCCAACGGGAGACUGUACUUCUUGGAGGUUCAAGGUAAGUUCCCUGCCUUAUUAUACAUCUACGAUAUUAAGGAAGGGAAGCUCGUGAUAGACAAAACGCCUAUUCUGGAGCUUGAUGAUGACUUAUGGUCAAUGGAUGAGUGGGAUAGAGUGGUCCGUUUAGUCCUCGUGGCUGAUGACAAGCUCUGUUUACUGUGGCUUGGUCCUGUUUCCUAUGAAAAUGAAAACGGAUGGCCUCCUGCUCGGAUCCUUCACUAUCUCAAAUUUAAGGUUUCUAGCCGUCCUAAUUCAGUGUUUGAGGUCGAGGAUAGCAAAGUUUUUACGACAAGCAUCACUGAUUUAUUGGAUUGCCUGCCAUGUGACCUUGCACAAUUUGAAGCUGAAGCAAAAGGCAAAUCUCAACCCCUUACCCAAGAUGUCAAACUCAAAGCAGUCAUAGCUUCAGAAAAAAAGGAGUUAGUUAUAGAUCCUGUGACAACUAUGGCUGCCAGAGAAAACGCCAUCCUUUUCCAAGCAGUGGUUCCUUCUGGUGAGAGGAAGUUGAUGAUGAAUACCUGGUUCAAAAUCCAACCCACAGCCCAAAUCUUUGGACCUUUCCAUGGAAGACAACCAUUUCGUUUGGGGAUAAGUUCUACCUUUGUUGGUUCUUCCUUGUAUACAAUAGGCGGUGAAGUGCCCUCCAGCAGAUUACCUAAGCCUUGCGACGUCAGCUGGCUUGACACCUGCCAUCCUUUCAAUGGGUGGGAGACCGGUGAAUUACCAUCUCCUUGUGUUGAUUCAGUUAUUUGUGUUGCUGGUGAUUCCUUGUACAUACUUACUGAGCUAGAGGGCUACAUCUGGAACACCAGAGACAAUCAAUGCCUUAAAACCAGAAUACACCCUCCAAGAGUUGAAGGUGGAGAUCAGAAGCAGAGGCCUAGGGUUCGUGCUUGUGCUGCUUUGGAUGGACAAAAGCUUCUAAUUGCUAUGGAUGGAGAGAACAACACCAACUUCUAUCUACAUCCACAGCCAGAAGAUGAGGCAAGAGACUGGGAGAGAUUUGGGACUCCACUUCCCGCAUUUACGAAUGAGAUUAGCUUUGCAGCCUCAAACGGGAGACUGUACAUCUUGGAAUUUCCAAAUAAUCCCCCUGCCUCCUUACACAUCUAUGAUACCAACAUGAGGAAAAUCGUGCAGAAUUACCCAAUAGACUGGCUAACAUUGAAUGCCUUGUGGAAACUGGAUGAGAAGGAUAGGGUGGUCCGUUUAGUUCCUGUUGCUGAUGACAUGCUCUGUUUUCUUUUGCUUGGUCCAUUUGAGGAUAAAAAUGGUUGGCCUCCUGUUAAAACCCUUUACUAUCUCAAACUUAAGUUUUCCUUCAAUCUUAAUGAGUUUGAGAUUGUAGAUGACAAAAGUUUUCAUACAAACAUCACCCAUUUAUUAAAUUGCCUGCCUUGCGGACCUGAACAAUUCAGAGCUGAAGUCGACCCUGAUGCAUCUCAAAAACAACCAGAAGACAAUGCUUCUGCAAAAGCAAUUGGAACAAGCUUGAUUUCUGACCGCGAUCAAGCAGAGAACACUCCUUCCCCUGAGGGAAGAGAAAGAGAAGGAAAAAGAGAAAGCACUCAGUCGUCGCAGAGGUCAGAUGCGGAGACGGAGGAGUUGCUGGAUCGAAUGCUUACUUGGCUGGCGCUCUGCGACGACUCCAAACUCGAAGCCUUGCUCUCGAAGCUCCUCCCUCUCACCAUCUCCUCACUCUCCUCUCAGUCUCUAGCCGUCUACAACAAGGUUCUUGAGAUCUUGAGUCAUGUGAACAAGAGAGUGAAACAUCAGCCUGAGAUUGGUUUGCCAUUGAUGGACUUAUGGAAAAUGUAUAGUGAAUUGAAUGCACCUCCAAUGGUUAAGAAUUUCUGCAUUAUAUAUGUUGAGAUGGCAUUUGAACGGAUAAAUUUAAAGGAGAAAGAAAAUAUGGCACCAAUGGUUUUGACAAACAUUUCAAAGCUUCCUCAGCAGCACCAAGAGAUCAUCAUGAGGAUAGCUGUAAAGGAGCAAAGUGAAGUGCGUUUUUGUGCAGUGAGAUGGGCAACAUCUUUGUUUGGUUCUCAACAUUGUCCUAGCCGAUUUAUUUGUAUGCUUGGAGCUGCAGAUGCUAGAUUGGAUAUAAGGGAAAUGGCACUUGAAGGGCUUUAUCUUGGUAAGGGUGAAGGGCAAAUAAUCAGUCAAAAUCUUGAUUGCAAAUAUCCUUUGCUUGGAGGCAUUCUAGAAUACAUUCUUACGCAGCAGCCGAGGUUGUUAGAAUCAUCUGAAAGGAGAGAACAGAAGCUUCUUUUUCCAUCAGAAAUGUAUGUGGCCAUGAUUAAAUUUUUGUUGAAUUGCUUUGUGUCGGAGUUGGCACAAAACAAAUUCUUAGGAAGAUCAUCUGACUUUCUUUCCUCAGUGGAAAGAAUGUGCCUGCUACUAGAGCAUGCUAUGGCAUUAGAAGGAUCCUUUGAGUUGCAUUCGACUGUUUCAAAGGCACUGGUUACACUUGGAUCUCAUCUUCCAGAGAUGAUAGCAUCACACUUUGCUUUGAGAGUUCCAUGGUUAAAGCAAUUACUGAAUCAUAUGGAUUUGGAUACGCGUGAAUCUGCGGCACGUUUACUUGGCAUUGCUUCCUCUGCCCUUCCCAAUCCAGCAUCAUGUGAUCUUAUAUGUGAGCUUGUUUCCUCAAUCAGGGGAGCAAACAAAUUGAGGUUUGAGGCACAGCAUGGAGCAUUAUCUGCCAUAGGAUACGUCACUGCAGAUUCUGUAUAUAGAACACCAUCUAUCCCGGAGGAGCUGUUUCAAAAUACACUUAAAUGCCUUAUUGAUGUUGUUAGUUCUGAGUCUGGAACUUUGGCCUCCAUUGCAAUGCAAGCACUGGGUCAUAUUGGUUUAUGUGCCCCUUUAUCUUCAGUGGUCGUUGAUUCUGGUUCAGUUCACAUUCUAGAAGUAUUACAAGAAAAGUUGAGCAAGCUACUCUCUGGUGAUGACAUUAAAGCAAUCCAAAAAAUUGUUAUCUCCCUCGGACAUGUCUGUGUGAAAGAAACAUCUUCUCCACACUUGCAUAUUGCCCUAAUUUUGAUUUUUAGUCUUUGCCGGUCAAAGGCUGAGGAAAUUUUGUUUGCUGCUGGAGAGGCCCUAUCAUUUCUAUGGGGUGGUGUUCCUGUAACUGCUCAUGAGAUUCUUAAGACUAACUAUACUUCACUUUCCAUGAGUUCGAACUUUCUUACAGGCGACAUGAAUUUGUCAUUGUCAAAUUUUAGCCCUAUUGAGAAUAGUGGAGACUCUGAAGAUGCCCAUAUUGUGGUUAGAGAUACGAUCACAAAAAAGCUUUUUAAUGAUCUUUUGUACAGUAACAGAAAAGAAGAGUGUUGUGCUGGAACAGUCUGGCUUGUAUCACUUACAAUGUAUUGUGGUCAUCACUCUGCCAUCCAAAAAAUGCUUCCAGAAAUUCAGGAAGCCUUUUCACACCUACUUGGUGAACAGAAUGAACUUACUCAGGAGCUUGCAUCCCAAGGAAUGAGUAUUGUUUAUGAACUUGGUGAUGAGUCAAUGAAGAAAAACCUUGUAGAUUCACUUGUUGGUACUUUGACUGGUUCAGGGAAGAGGAAAAGAGCUAUCAAGCUUGCAAAGGGUGCAGGGAUUGCACUUCGCCCACAUCUUUCUGAUUUAGUUUGUUGCAUGCUGGAAAGUUUGUCAAGCCUUGAAGACCAAGGACUGAAUUAUGUUGAGUUGCAUGCAGCAAAUGUUGGAAUACAAACAGAGAAGCUGGAAAGUCUCCGACUUUCAAUUGCCAAAGGAUCUCCCAUGUGGGAAACUCUUGACUUGUGCAUAAAUGUAGUUGAUAGCAAAUCAUUAGAUGGGUUGGUUCCACGCCUUGCUCAUCUGGUUCGAUCUGGAGUUGGCCUCAACACUAGGGUUGGUGUGGCCACCUUUAUUUACUUACUAGUUCAGAAAGUUGGUGUGGAUAUCAGACCAUAUACAAGCAUGCUAUCAAGGCUGUUGUUUCCUGCUGUGAAGGAGGGGAAAAGCACUGCUGCAAAGCGUGCCUUUGCAGCUGCUUUGGCCAUUAUUUUGAAGUAUGCAGCUCCAUCUCAGGCCCAAAAGUUGAUAGAAGACACUACUGCAUUGCAUAUUGGUGAUCGGAAUGCUCAAAUUUCUUGUGCAUUUUUAUUGAAAAGCUAUUCAUCAACGGCUUCAGAUGUUUUAAGUGGAUAUCAUGCUGCAAUUAUUCCAGUUAUUUUUAUUUCAAGAUUUGAGGAUGAUAAGCAUGUUUCUGGUGUCUUUGCGGAACUGUGGGAAGACAGCUCAAGUGGGGAUCGAGUCACGGUGCAGUUGUAUUUGGAAGAAAUUGUUUCCCUUAUUUGUGAGAGCAUCACAUCAUCUUCAUGGGCAAGUAAAAAGAAGUCAGCCCAAGCAAUUUGCAAGCUUAGUGAGGUUCUUGGUGAUUCAUUGUCUUCUUAUCAUCGUGUUCUCCUGGAUGCUCUCAUGAAGGAAAUACCUGGUCGCAUAUGGGAGGGAAAGGAUGCUCUUUUAGUUGCAAUAGGUGCUCUUUGCACAUCCUGCCAUAAAGCUAUUUCUACUGAAGACCACAGUGUUCCAAUAGCCAUUUUAAGUCUCGUAUCUUCUGCAUGCACAAAGAAAGUCAAGAAAUUUCGUGAAGCAUCAUUCUCCUGUCUAGAUCAGGUAAUAGAAGCCUUUGGCGAUCCAGAGUUCUUUAAUCACGUUUUUCCAAUGCUAUUGGACAUGUGCAACUCAGCAUCUGUCAGUAAAACUGGUCAAGCACCUUUGGCAAGUGACACUACAAAAGCAGAAUCUGAUGAUAUCGAAGAUGUUUCUGUUCCACUUGACAAGGUGAUGAAUUGCAUAACAUCUUGUAUCCAUGUGGCUCGUGUCAAUGAUAUUCUUGAGCAGAAAAAGAACUUGAUGCAUGUCUUGUUAUCUUGCUUGUCACCUGGUUUAACAUGGACGGUCAAAGUGUCAGCAUUUCCUUCAAUCAAAGAACUCUGCUUGAGGCUCUACAGUGUUUUGGAGGACUCCAAUGAAGCCAUUCUACAGGCCAGUGCAACUUGUUUUGUUCAAGAGCUGCUCAUCGGUGUGGCACCCAAAAUAAUUGAGUGUAUAAUUACAAUAAAAAUUGCUCAGGUUCAUGUUGCUGCAUCAGAGUGCCUUCUGGAAAUCACCAAGUUAUGCAAACAUAUUUCAUCAGUCCACUGGACAGAAACAGGAAUAAAAGGCGAGCUUCUAAAUCAGAUUGAGGCAGAAAAGAAUGAGCAGGCGAAGUCAUUGUUGAGAAAAUGUGUUGAAAUCCUUGAAAACUUGGAACAAGCAAAUAUUCUGGAAACCUGAUCAGGAUUCUGGAACUGCUCAAGACUAUUGUUGUAAGGAAAACUUCCCAGAGUAACUAGAAAUGAAAGCAUGCACUGAAGAAAGGGCAAAAAUGUACGCAGUAGUCUUAUACAGAGGAGAGCCACACUGUAGAAUGCUGUAUCAUUAACCCAUCCUCUCAAGUAUCUUAGGUUCCAGUGUCUUGCUAUUGUACAACUCAUUGAAAGACAAGAAACAUUACCAAAAAAAAAAAGAAAAGAAAAGAAAAGAAAAGAGGCUUAGGUUGGUAAGGUGCAUGUUUAUUAUUCAAAUUUCGUCUUCCAAUAUUUAUCACAU